UUUCUAUAUUGAUUUGUUUCCAUUUGUGUUUUAAUUUUUGUAACUGAUUUUCAAUUAAGUUGAUUUUCAAUUGAGAUAAAAAGGCUAUAGAGAAAAAUCACUUGUAAAAAUAAUUAAAAAUAUAAUUUAAAAUCAACUCAAAUAAUUAUGAAUCGUUCCAGUAUUUCAACGGACAUUAGGAAUCGUAUUAAAAUGUUUGAAAAUUGUGAGCUGAGAACAGACAGUGGAGAAGAAGGUUUGGCCGCACAGAACUUUGCCAGUCAAAGUAGAAUUGAUACGAACGAGCUAGAGAACGGUUGUCAAAUAAAAGCAACAACAAUGAUGAUGCCAACGCCACCACCACCACCGCCGGGAGUACAAACAGAUGCGAACGGUUUGAUUUUACCAAAGAAAUUGAUAAAUCCAUGUCUACAGUCAACCGAUCGUAAACAGUUGCAUCGAGAAUUAAAAUUUAAUACAAAAAUGGGCAUUAGCGUUCUAAAUCAGAAAACAGAAUUGCAAAAAGCCUACGAAAAACAAAGAGAAAAACAACAGCAACAUCAGCAGGAUAAUAAUCCACAACAGACUCAACACUCACCCACCUUUGGCCUUAAAAGCGAACUGAAUCGUGUGAUAAUGGAAAGAGCUCAAAAGUAUGAACGUGCCCGCCUACAAUCCGAAUCUGAGAAUGAUGACGAUAAACAAUACGUGAAUCCUGAAUAUUUAAAUGCGAGAGCAAAAUUAAGAGCGGGACAAAGAACUGAAUUGAAAUAAGUUUAAGAAACAUUAAAUAAUAAUCAAUCAACCAACAAAAACAAUAACUUUAAAACUCUAAGAAUUUAACUCGAAAUUAUAUUUAAUUAAUCUAUUUGAUUUGACUAAUUAAUAUUAUGAUCAUUUUGUAUUUUAUUUACUAUUGAGAAUAUUUCUAAUAAUAUUCCUCUUAAGAAUGAGGAAUAAGGUUUUUUAGUUUCUUGUUUAUUUAAAUGUUAAUUAAACAACAACAACAGAAAUAUGUACAAUUUAUUUUUAUUAUUAUCAUUAUUAUAGUUAUAAUUCUUUUUAUUAUUUUUAUUAGUUUAAUUUAUAUGUAUG